AGUUGAAACUUUUGCUUGGCAGAAGAAGUCUGAACGCUGCUACAUUACAAACUGUGGUUGAUUUUUCACAAUUUAAGAAGUGUAUUAUAAUGUGGUGUCGACAAUUGUAAACAGGAGUUUUAAAUGCGACGAUUAACGUAAACGAUUGAUACGAGUGAAUAGUCAACACUUGGCCGUUGUUGGAAGGACCUGCGUAAAUACUAUCCAUUGGAAAACGGAGAUAAAUCAUAUCCUCGAAAAUGCCUCGAGCCUUCCUGGUCAAAAAAGUGAACAUCACAAAUGCAAAGAAAAACUGGAGUCAGCUACCGGAUUCUGUGCGUGGGGACAUAUACAUACCAUUGUCUCUUUUUCCAUCAUAUGUAAAUGAGGUAUCUGAAGGCAGCCUUGCAGAGCACUCUGGCUUCACAACUCCACGAAAAAGCAACACGUUUCUACAGAUUCCAACACAAGUCCUGUCUGCACAGCUACCAUCCACUACUGCACAGGGUCAACAUGAUCAGAGGCCAGAGUGCCGCAUGAGAACUCAGAGAUUGCCAUACUUUCGUUCAAAGAUAAAGAUAACUACAGGUAAUUUACCUUCGGAUGCUUCCGUCGUCUCAGAUAUUCCAAGCACAUCAGCAAAUACUCCACCUGAUGCAUAUGUAUUAACCUGCAAAGCAUGCCAAAAGGUAUUUAGUACAGCACGUAUGCUGAAACGACAUGCAAAAUGUCACAGUGAAACAAAGAGAUUCCUAUGUGAGAGUUGUGGAAAAGGAUUUAAUGAUACUUUUGACCUGAAGAGGCACGUCCGCACACAUACUGGCGUGAGACCCUAUAAAUGCAGUUUGUGUGCUAAAGCCUUCACCCAGCGAUGCUCUUUAGAAUCUCACCAAAAGAAGAUCCAUGCCAUUACUCAACAGUAUGGCUACAAAGAACGCAGGGACAAAGUGUAUGUAUGUGAGGAGUGUGGCCUGACUGCCCCCACGCAGGACAGCCUGUGGAAUCAUCUUCAAGCUCAACAUCCACAGAGCAGACUUAUAGUGGCCAAUACCAUAAACUGCAAUGAAGGCAAGAAGUUAGCUGAAAAAAUGAAUGACAAUGACAGCUAAAAAAUGGGAAGUUAUACAAACUAGUUUUGAUAAAGACACAUUUUGUUAUACUUAAUUUUUGCACUUCUGUAUACUUAAUUCUGAGAAUAAUGCCUAUGCCCUAACAGUGUCUAUCAGACUAAAUAUGAUUUGGAUCCAUUUAAUUAUGACUACACUGAAGGAUAAUGAUAUUUUUAAGUCUUGAGAUGUAUAACAAUUAUUUUGUACAUUCCUAUACCCUGCGCAUUGUGUGCAUUUGGGAUAUUUAUAAAUUACAAACUGUUACACGG